AAAAUGGGUCUAGUUUGUUGAUUUUUUUUUCUUCGCCAAAUCUAAACUUGAAAUUUCAAGGUGUUGAAAUCAUUUCACUUGCAAUGAAUUAAGAAACGAAAUGACGCUAACGGCUGUUGUCAGCAGAUAUAUACGCAAAUAUCUAUUUUCCCAAGAACUCGUCUUAACUUGCAUAUUCCUGCUCAUUUUAUAUCAGUCGGUAUUCCACGUCAAACCAAUAUGGCGAUAUCUGCGGCGAACCAAGCUAAAUAUUCAGUUACGUUGGCAAGGACAGUACAACUCUUCAAAGGUGCAGGAUUCUCAUCUGUUGAAUUCAAGUGGAGAAAAUGAUGUUUGGGAAACAAAAAAAGGCAAUGCAGCCGUUUAUGCUAUUCAAGGGAGGCGCCCCCAUAUGGAGGACCGGUUUAGCAUAGUUUAUGAUUUAGAACAUACUAAAUCUUCAAUCUAUGGAAUAUUUGAUGGACAUGGUGGAGAGUUUGCAGCAGACUUUGUGGAGAAGACAUUGUUUAAGAAGAUGAUGAUAAGAUUACUGAAAUCUUCUCUAGAUCACAGUCAAGUCAACAUAUCGCAAAUGAUAAUGCAGGAGAUGUUAGAUGUUGAUGAUCAGCUACUCAAGGUCACAAGGUCAAACAUGGACAUAUCAGGAACAACAGCUGUUUUAGCAUUGGUACAAGAUGGAACAUUGACAGUAGCUAAUGUUGGCGACUCCAGGGGUGUACUGUGUGACAAAGCAGGACAAGCUGUGCCAGUAUCAUUUGAUCAUAAACCACAUUUGGUACAGGAAAGACAGAGAAUCAGAAAUGCUGGAGGGUUUAUCAGUUUCAAUGGAGUCUGGAGAGUAGCUGGUAUACUUGCCAUGUCCAGAGCCUUAGGAGACUAUCCACUAAAAGAUAAAAACCUUGUGAUAGCUAAUCCUGAUAUUUUGACUUUUAACAUUAGUGACCUUCAGCCUCCAUUUAUGAUCUUAGCAACAGAUGGAUUGUGGGAUGUGUUCUCUAAUCAAGAAGCUGUUGAUUAUAUCAGUGAACGAUUACAUGAACCUCAUUAUGGUGCCAAGAGUUUAGUCCUUCAGGCCUACUACAGAGGGUCUCUAGACAAUAUUUCUGUCCUGGUUGUUAACUUUAAAGAAAAAAAAUCAGCUUCAUUUGAUAAACAACCUAAUCGGUGAUAACAACAUAUUAUUUAGGAAUCUGUUUAAGGGAAAGGGUUAACAGAUUUUUUUAUAUAAAAGGUGAUAAGUACUUUAAAUCAGUUGUUGUAAUUAACCUAGUUUAAGAUAUCUAUUUUUGAAUAAUAAUUUUUAAAUGACAAAGGUUGAGGUAUAAACUGUCUCAAAGGUUGAAGUAUAAACUGCCAGUGCUUCUUGGUCUACACCAAGGAUCUGGAAUUUUUUAACACAAUUUCAGUCAUUUUGAGAUAACUUAAAAGUUGGACCCCUUUUUCAACUGUCGAAAUUAUUCACACUAGAUUUAUAGCAUCAACGAACUUGUGUUGACUGUUUACUUCAUGAAUUUUCUUACCGUUUUUUCUAAAAACAUAAAAGAACAGUUAAUGGAAUGCAACAGCUUAAAAUUGAAAUGAUUUUAAUGACUCAAAAUGGUGAAUUUCUCAUACAUUGCUAACGUUUCUUUUGAUUUUGCAGAUGAAAUUAAAAUCGGAAGCUUCAUGACAAUGUUAAAGUACGAGUAAUUCCAGAUUCAUUUCUGGGAUUCGUUCUCUUUAUCAAAUUGACCGGAAAUCAUGGGAUAUUUAAUUUUAUUACCUUUAAAUGUGUUGAUUAUAACAGAUAAUAGUUGCAUUCGUUUAAUUUAGCAUGAAAUCAUUUUGUAUUUUACGAUUAAGUGUCUAAUCUGAUGAAGACAAUUUCACGCAAGCGUAUUACAUUGUUGAUAAAGCACACGUUUGACUCGUGAAAAAUUACUUCUUUCUACGUAAAUUAAAUCAAGUUUUAAUUUUUACAAUCAGAAUUGCCAAUUAUCUUUGCUGAAAAGUAAUUAAAUAAUGAGAAAGUUGUCAUAGAAUUUUAAUUUCUUUAUAAUAUUAGUUCUGGGCUUGUGAUCACUCUCAGGUGUGAAUUAAAAAAACAGGUAAAAAGUUAUUAGCGAUCAUUAGCCAAUAUUUCCCGGAGGCAUUAAUAUGUUUAUUGGGAGGGCCCUCAGGAUUAUCAUACUAUAAUGGAGGGGCAGAUUUCUUAUAGGAAAGGGAUUACAAAAGUGCAAAAUGGCGAUAAUGAAACCCGAUCUCAAUGAAAUGACCGAAAUUAUUUCUGUAAAAAAAAUUAAUUUGUCCUAAAUCCCAAUCUGCCGUUUAGGACAUGACUGGCAAAUAUGACUGUUUCCGGACCCUUGGUCUACAUCCAUUAGAUGUAUCAUUUUCUUACAAUAGAGUAAUGUAGCAGGGAUCCAGUAGGAAAUUAUAGUACAUAAAAUCAGUACAUGGUACAGUAAGUCAGUAACCUAUAUUACAUGUACUGUCAUACUAUUCUAUUGUUACAGUAAACAAAUCUUGAAUGCCGUUCAACAGCAAAAUCCAAUGUACAUGGGUACAAGGCUAAUUUUUUUAUCUCCUUCAAAAAUUGCAACAAUGGUAUCCACUGUUUUGAUGGAGAGAUAACCUAAAUGCAUGUGAUGUAGACAUAUUUAAUAUUCAAGGGAUAAGUAAGAUAAUUACGGUUAACCUCCAAAAUUUGAAAAUUUUAUAUCACAAGUUUGAUUCACAAAUAUAUUUUUCAUAAAAAGAAGCAUGCUUGAAUGAUAAAUCCUAAAAUUGACUCACUACAACAAGAAGUAAUAAAUAGGGUACAUCUAAAAGAAGAGAGGUAAAGAGAUGUAAAUAUGAUUUAAGGAUUUAAAUUUGAUUUUCUUUUGUCCACAGUAUAUUGGAAAAUACAUGUUAAGGGAAAAUGUUAAAGUUAAAUCAUCUGAUUCUCCAUCUUUUAAAUGGUAAGAUUUUUAGUAACUUAUAUUGGUUUUGUUUUCAGUUACAUUCCAAAAAAAAGCAACCUGUGUCUAGUUACUAUUGUUAUACUAAUCAUUCCAGUCAAUAAAUCAACAGGAAUAUG